AUGACAACAGGCAAGCCACUAGUGUCGAAAGUGGCGUUCACGUCGUUAACCACGGCCAAAAGGCAGCAGUACGACGAGUUAAUCAAGUUUUACAGGAAGUUCGGAUUCAAAGUGAUAAGGAUAUUCAACAAGGACGCAAAUGCGACUGGAGCAGACCUCAACGGGAUCAGCUUUGACUCGAGAAGUGAGUGCUGGCUUGCAACCUUCCCGGUGAGCCGGGUGGACAAGUCUGGGAACGUUAUUCCGUACCAGGAGACACCGGAGUACAAGCACCGGGAGAUGGACCCAGUUUUGGACAAGUACAACGAAGGAGUGAUGUUGAAAGUGCGGCUUUUGUCGCACGACGUGCAGAAGAACGAGGAGAUGCCCGGCCGGAUCGUUGUGUUGAGCAUUUCGCCGGAGAAAGUGCGGGCUGAGGCGGAGAAAGCGGGAUUCGAGGUUGUGGAAGCAGGAGAAGACGAGAAGAAGGAGGUCGGAGGCGGGCUUUUCUUUGUGCGGGACCCGGUGGGAAACCUUGUUGGGUUCACGGACAGCGUUGAGUUGGGCAUGCGGGUGGCAGUUGAUUCACCCGGCAGCUUUUUCAUCAGCGAGGAGGCGGCCCAGGAGGCGGAGAAAGAAGCCCGUGCGGCGGAGUUGGGCAAGGCCUCGACGGAGAAGAAGCCGAAGAAGCGGAUCGCGGUGAUGACGUCGGGCGGAGAUUCGCAGGGUAUGUGUGCAGCAGUGCGGGCGGUGAUCCGGGCGGGUAUCUACUUCGGAUGCGAGAUGUACGGAUGCUUUGAAGGAUACACCGGGUUGGUGGAAGGCGGAGAAAAGUUGCGGCCCUUGGAGUGGGCGGACGUCCGUGGCUGGCUCUCGGAGGGCGGCACUUUGAUCGGCACGGCACGGUGUUUGGAGUUCCGGGAGCGGGCUGGACGGCUUAACGGGGCGGAGAACAUGGUGAAGCGCGGUAUUGACGCGUUGAUCGUGUGCGGAGGAGACGGAUCUUUGACCGGGGCAGACAUCUUCCGGUCGGAGUGGCCUUCGUUGCUCGCGGAGCUCGAGAAAACGGGCCGUAUCACCGCCGCACAGCACGGCAAGUACCAGCAUUUGACCAUCGUCGGCAUGGUCGGCUCCAUCGACAACGAUAUGGCCCUCACGGACAACACCAUCGGAGCUUACUCGUCCUUGGAGCGGAUCUGCGAGAUGGUCGACUACAUCGACACCACGGCGGCCUCGCACUCGCGGGCUUUCGUUGUGGAGGUGAUGGGUCGGCAUUGUGGCUGGUUGGCCCUCAUGGCGGGUAUUUGCUGUGGAGCGGACUACGUGUUCGUUCCCGAGCAGCCUCCGUGUGCCAAGACCUGGCGGGCGGACCUUCAGGCGGUUUGCUCGAAGCACCGGGCGGCAGGACGGCGGAAAACGACCGUCAUCGUCGCAGAGGGGGCCAUCGACGACGAGCUCAACGCCGUUACGUCCGAGGAGGUGAAGCAGGCACUCGUGGAGCUCGGUUUGGACACCCGGGUGACCACGUUGGGUCACGUGCAGCGCGGAGGCACGGCUGUGGCGUUCGACCGGAUGUUGGCCACGAUGCAGGGCGUGGAGGCGGUGAAAGCGGCCCUUGAGAGCACGCCCGACACUCCGUCGCCGAUGAUCGGCAUUGAGGCGAACCAGAUAGUCCGUGUGCCGUUGAUGGAGGCGGUGAAGCAGACCAAGGCGGUUGCCAAGGCCAUCGAUGCCAAGGACUUCGACGCGGCCUUCAAGCUCCGUGAUGCGGCCUUCCAGGAGACCUGGGCGGACUUCAAGGCGAUCUCGGGAGAGAAGGAGAGAGAGGAGGAGAGAGAGAAUGAGAAAGAGACCAAAGAUGAGGCCAAAGAUGAGAAAAACGAAAAGCUCAACGUCGCCAUCAUCCACGUUGGAGCUCCCACCGCGGCCUUGAACGCCGCAACGCGUUCCGCGGUGCUCUACCUCCUCUCGCAGGGCCACCGGGUGUACGGCAUCGAGAACGGGUUCACCGGGCUGAUCCGGCACGGUGCGUUCCGCGAGCUCUCGUGGCUGGACGUGGUGGAGUGGCACAACAUCGGGGGUUCGUACUUGGGCACCAACCGCUCGCUCCCCAGCGAGGAUAUGGGCACGGUGGCCUUCUACCUGCAGAAGUUCCGCAUCCAGGGCCUCAUCGUCAUGGGUGGCUUUGAGGCCUUCCGCGCGGUGCACGAGUUGAAGCGGGCCAGGGCACGGUACCCGAUCCUCAACAUGCCGACCGUCUGCCUCCCAUCGACGGUCUCCAACAACGUCCCGGGCACAGAGUACUCGUUGGGCUGCGACACCUGCCUCAAUGUGCUCUCCGAGUACUGCGAUGCCAUCAAGCAGUCCGCCUCUUCCUCCAGAAAACGCGUGUUUGUCGUCGAGGUGCAGGGAGGCAACUGCGGCUACGUGGCCUCGUACAUCGGCCUCAUCUCGGGUGCCGUUGCCGUGUACAGACCCGAGCACGGCAUCUGCUUGAAGGACAUCAGUAGCGACUUGAAGCUGCUCAACUCGUGCUUUGCCGGCGACCACGGCGAGGACCGGAACGGCAAGCUGGUGGUCCGAAACGAGAACUCCUCGCCAAUCUACACCACGCAGCUUGUGGCCGACAUCUUCCGCGAGCAGGCCAAAGGUGCCUUCCAGACCAGGACCGCCAUCCCGGGCCACGUCCAGCAGGGUAAGAUCCCAUCCGCCAUGGACCGCUGCUACGCCGCCCGGUUCGCUAUCAAGGCCUGCAAGUACAUCGAGGAAAACAACGCUGAAAUCGCCCGCUCCGUCGCCCACUGGCAGGCCGACGGCUUCGGCUCCAACCACACCUCUGUCGGCCAGCCGGACGACGACUUGAAGUUCUACUACAAGCACGGCCGCAAGGUCGAGGCCCCACAGUUGGACAACGCCGUUGUUCUCGGCAUCCACGGCAACAAGGUCUCUUUCGAGAGCAUCUCCAAGCUCUGGGACUCCUCCACGGACGUUGAGUUGCGCCGCGGUGUCGACAUCCACUGGCACAGGUUCAAUCUUGUCAACGACAUGUUGAGCGGCCGUCUCAUGGCUGCCCGUACCGACGACACCUCUGCUGCUGCCCAGGUUGAUGUUGGCAAUUGA